AUGGCGUUAGUAUACGUUGACAAACAUGAAGAGUUUUACCAACAAUUACAAGCUAAUACAAGGGUUAUAGUUGAUUUUUAUGCAGAGUGGUGUGGACCAUGCAAAGUCAUCGCACCAUUUUAUGAAGAACUCGCAAACAGCAAUCCAGAUCUCACGUUCCUCAAAGUCGAUAACGUUUGUAAGAACGAAGGAAUUAGCGCAAUGCCCACUUUUAAAACCUACAUAGAUGGAAAGGUUUCUAAAGAAUUUGUUGGUAUAAACCGUGAUGAAAUAGAAAAAUUAGUUAAUGAACUUAAACCAGCAUCGGCUCAAUAA